CAUGCAGUACUUCGGCAGUGUGUACGGUGCUAUUCGAACUAUGAGUGGUUUCGUAUCCUUCCUGCAGUACCCGAUCUUUAUUCUGAUCCAGAAUCAUUUUAAUGACGACCCUUUCUGGGUGAUCGUCGCCUUUAUCGUAGCCGAUUGUGUGACCCUCAUACUACCUAUCGCCCUCUACAUCAUGUCAAGAGGAAAGUCUCAAGCAGCUGCAGGCCGUACGAGUGCCGAUCCUGGGUCACAAAAUUGAAAUAAUAAAUUGCCUACUUUUUAUAUACAUGUAUCAUGGGCUUUGAAAAACC